UACCACCUAAGAAAGAAACAGAGGGAGGUUGUCCCUGUCAUCACAUGAUUGACCCAAUUUUGCCCAAAACUCUCAACUUUUUCUUCUCACGUUACAUAUCACUUUUAAUUCAUACAGCGCCAAGAAACAGUUAGUAUAUUACUCCACAGCUUAACUUUGAUGCUAAAGUAUGUCCAAAGAAUACAUCAAACUAACAAUUUUGCAGACUCAGUAAGACGCGGCCAAAAAUGAUUGGCAAUUAUGUACUUUUCACAUCACAUGUAGGGUCGCACAGAAAUACAUGCUCCCCGAUUCCCUUGUUUGGUCACAGAUUCUGAUAUUGACAAAGUGUCCAAAGCUAUGGAAAAUGAAGGAGGAGUAUCUUUCCUGUCCCAGAAGAAAGAAAAUCUUGCUUACUUUUUCAACGACGGAAUCGAAAUGAAGAGCUUCAGACUAUGCCUGAAAUGGGUAUGCUUAGAUCAGUCUAACAUUUGGAAGACGGGUCUUUCAUGGUCCUUCUUUUUCCUUCUCGCCAUCGGUAUUCCUAUUGUCUCUCACUUCUUUCUUCUGUGCUCUGACUGUGAUUCAAAGCAUCAAAGGCCUUAUGAUGCUGUCGUUCAGUUGUCUCUUUCUAUAUUUGCUAUUGUUUCUUUCUUGAGUCUAUCUUCUUGGUCUCACAAGUAUGGCCUUAGCAAGUUCCUCUUCUUGGACAAACUAGAUGAUGAAGCUGAGAGGAUUCGCCGGGGAUACAAAGAACAGCUCCAGAAAUCCAUGAAGCUCCUUUGCAUUUUUGUGCUGCCAUGCUUAACUGCAGAGGCCGCCUACCGAAUAUGGUGGUACACCACAGGAGCCACCCAAAUACCCUACUUUGAGAACAAGUAUGUCAGUGACACGAUUGCUUGCAUAUUGCAGCUGUGUUCUUGGGCCUAUCGAAUUUCGAUUUACAUCCUUGUCUGCAUUAUCUACCGAUUGAUCUGCUAUUUGCAAAUACUUAGACUUGAGGACUUCGCUCAAGUAUUUCAAAUGGAAAGCGAUGUUGGUUCAAUCCUAAAAGAGCACCUCCGGAUCAGAAGAAAUCUUCGUGUCAUAAGCCAUCGGUUUCGAAGGUUCAUCUUGUUGUCUCUGGUUUUGGUCACUGCAAGUCAGUUGAUUUCCUUGCUUGUGACCACUCGUUCAACUGCUAAUAACAACAUCUUCGAGGCCGGAGAACUCCUACUGUGCUCCAUUAAUUUGGUGACAGGGCUCUUCAUAUGUCUAAGAAGUGCAACAAAAAUCACUCACAAGGCACAGUCUAUCACAAGCCUUGCUGCAAAAUGGCAUGUCUGUGCUACAAUCAACUCUUACGAUGACAUGGAGGGUGAGACGCCAACAAACCAGUCUGCUUCUAUCCGCCAAGUGUUUCCUAUCGACAUUGAUUGGGUUUUGGAUGAUGAUGAUGACGAUGGGGAUGAUGAUCCGGACAGUAGCACCAAGCUGGUGCCAAUUUUUGCGCACACAAUCUCAUUCCAAAAGAGGCAGGCUUUAGUGACAUAUUUGGAAAACAAUAGGGCAGGCAUGACUGUUUACGGGUCCAUGAUGGACAGGACAUGGCUUCACACUAUAUUUGGAAUUGAAUUGGCUCUGCUCCUCUGGUUGCUUAACAAGACAAUAGGUCGAUCUUUUGUAGGCCUUCUCUGCUCGUGUAUCAAUACCUGCUUAUAUCAACUAUUGACUUUUCGUUUUGUUUUCUUUUGUUUCUCUCCCCUCAGUGAAUUGGACAUGAAAGCGCCUGGACUUCACUUAAGGUAUAAAUGGAGUAAUGUUGGUAGAGAGAGAGCAUAUAAAGGGAAGGAUGCACUCGCAAAUAUGAGGAAUUUUUUUUAUUUAUUUAUUUGGUUUUUGAAUUUUGUUACCACGCCAACUGCUAUUGUAUAUGGAUUUUGAAUCAGAACAUAAACAUAUUGUAGCCUUCUAUAAUCGCAUGCAUUUGGUUAAGUAGCUUUAUUGAA